GUUCUCGCGAGAGUCACGUCAGUGUCAGCCAGGCGUCGUGUGAACAGCAGCUGGUGCCGAAGGCGGAGGUGGCACCUGAACGAAGAUGUCGGACAGCGAAGACAGCAACUUCUCCGAGGAGGAGGACAGCGAGCGCAGCAGUGACGGCGAGGAGGCCGAGGUAGAGGAGGAGCGGCGGAGUGCAGCAGGUAGUGAGAAGGAGGAAGAGCCUGAGGAAGAAGAGGAGGAGGAAGAGGAGGAGGAAUAUGAUGAGGAAGAGGAGGAGGAAGAUGAUGACCGGCCCCCCAAGAAACCCCGCCACGGCGGCUUCAUUCUGGAUGAGGCUGAUGUGGACGAUGAGUAUGAGGAUGAGGACCAGUGGGAGGAUGGAGCAGAGGACAUCCUGGAGAAAGAAGAGAUUGAAGCCUCCAAUAUCGACAAUGUUGUCUUGGAUGAAGACCGUUCCGGGGCUCGCCGCCUACAAAACCUCUGGAGGGACCAGCGAGAAGAAGAACUGGGCGAGUAUUACAUGAAGAAAUACGCAAAGUCAUCUGUGGGAGAGACGGUAUAUGGAGGAUCCGAUGAGCUCUCGGAUGACAUCACCCAGCAGCAGCUGCUCCCGGGAGUCAAGGAUCCCAAUCUGUGGACUGUCAAAUGUAAGAUUGGGGAGGAACGGGCCACAGCCAUUUCCUUGAUGCGCAAGUUCAUUGCAUACCAGUUUACAGACACGCCCCUGCAGAUUAAGUCGGUAGUGGCACCAGAGCAUGUGAAGGGCUACAUCUACGUGGAGGCCUACAAGCAGACCCAUGUGAAGCAGGCCAUCGAGGGCGUGGGCAACCUGCGGCUUGGCUACUGGAACCAGCAGAUGGUGCCCAUCAAGGAGAUGACAGAUGUGCUCAAAGUGGUGAAGGAGGUGGCCAACCUGAAACCAAAAUCCUGGGUCCGCCUCAAGCGGGGCAUCUAUAAGGACGACAUCGCUCAGGUGGAUUACGUGGAGCCCAGCCAAAACACCAUCUCCCUAAAGAUGAUCCCACGCAUUGACUACGACCGCAUCAAGGCCCGAAUGAGCUUGAAAGACUGGUUUGCCAAAAGGAAGAAGUUUAAGCGGCCUCCACAGAGGCUAUUUGAUGCAGAAAAGAUCAGGUCCCUGGGGGGUGAUGUUGCCUCUGAUGGUGACUUCCUCAUCUUCGAGGGGAACCGUUACAGCCGGAAGGGCUUUCUGUUCAAGAGCUUUGCCAUGUCUGCUGUGAUCACGGAGGGUGUGAAGCCCACACUCUCUGAGCUGGAGAAAUUUGAGGACCAGCCAGAGGGCAUCGACCUCGAGGUGGUGACUGAAAGCACAGGGAAGGAGCGGGAACACAACUUCCAACCUGGGGACAACGUGGAGGUGUGUGAGGGUGAGCUCAUCAACCUGCAGGGCAAGAUCCUCAGCGUGGAUGGCAACAAGAUCACCAUAAUGCCCAAGCACGAGGACCUCAAGGACAUGCUGGAGUUCCCGGCCCAGGAACUUCGGAAGUACUUCAAGAUGGGGGACCACGUGAAGGUGAUUGCUGGCCGGUUCGAGGGCGACACAGGCCUCAUUGUGCGGGUGGAGGAGAACUUCGUCAUCCUCUUCUCGGACCUCACCAUGCACGAGCUGAAGGUGCUCCCCCGGGACCUGCAGCUCUGCUCGGAGACGGCAUCAGGUGUGGAUGUCGGGGGCCAGCAUGAAUGGGGGGAGCUGGUGCAGCUGGACCCCCAGACCGUGGGUGUCAUCGUGCGACUGGAGCGGGAGACCUUCCAGGUGCUGAACAUGUAUGGGAAGGUGGUGACUGUCAGGCACCAGGCUGUGACCCGGAAGAAGGACAACCGCUUUGCCGUGGCCCUGGACUCAGAACAGAACAACAUCCAUGUGAAAGACAUUGUCAAGGUCAUUGAUGGCCCCCACUCAGGCCGGGAGGGCGAGAUUCGCCAUCUCUUCCGCAGCUUCGCCUUCCUGCAUUGCAAGAAACUGGUAGAGAACGGGGGCAUGUUUGUCUGCAAGACCCGCCAUCUGGUGCUGGCAGGGGGCUCGAAGCCGCGAGAUGUGACCAACUUCACAGUAGGUGGCUUUGCCCCUAUGAGCCCCCGGAUCAGCAGCCCCAUGCACCCCAGUGCUGGAGGUCAGCGUGGUGGCUUUGGCAGCCCGGGUGGUGGCAGCGGCGGCAUGAGCAGGGGCCGGGGGCGGAGAGACAACGAGCUCAUCGGCCAGACUGUGCGCAUCUCCCAGGGGCCUUACAAAGGCUACAUUGGCGUGGUAAAAGAUGCCACGGAGUCCACAGCCCGUGUGGAGCUGCACUCCACCUGCCAGACCAUCUCAGUGGACCGUCAGCGCCUCACCACAGUGGGCUCACGGCGCCCGGGCGGCAUGACCUCGACCUAUGGGCGGACACCCAUGUAUGGCUCCCAGACGCCCAUGUACGGCUCUGGCUCCCGCACGCCCAUGUACGGCUCUCAGACGCCUCUCCAGGAUGGUAGUCGCACCCCGCAUUAUGGCUCUCAGACGCCCCUGCAUGAUGGCAGCCGCACUCCUGCCCAGAGUGGGGCCUGGGACCCCAACAAUCCUAACACACCGUCACGGGCUGAGGAAGAAUAUGAGUACGCGUUCGAUGAUGAGCCUACACCAUCCCCACAGGCCUAUGGGGGCACCCCCAAUCCCCAAACACCUGGCUACCCAGACCCCUCGUCCCCGCAGGUCAACCCACAGUACAACCCGCAGACGCCAGGGACGCCAGCCAUGUACAACACAGACCAGUUCUCCCCCUAUGCAGCCCCCUCCCCGCAAGGCUCCUACCAGCCCAGCCCCAGCCCCCAGAGCUACCACCAGGUGGCGCCAAGCCCAGCAGGCUACCAGAACACCCACUCCCCAGCCAGCUACCACCCCACCCCCUCGCCCAUGGCCUAUCAGGCCAGCCCCAGCCCAAGCCCUGUUGGCUAUAGUCCGAUGACACCUGGAGCUCCCUCCCCUGGUGGCUACAACCCACACACACCGGGCUCAGGCAUUGAGCAGAACUCCAGCGACUGGGUGACCACUGACAUCCAGGUGAAGGUGCGGGACACCUACCUGGAUACACAAGUGGUGGGGCAGACAGGCGUCAUCCGCAGUGUCACGGGAGGCAUGUGCUCCGUAUACCUGAAGGACAGCGAGAAGGUUGUCAGCAUCUCCAGUGAGCACCUGGAGCCCAUCACCCCGACCAAGAACAACAAGGUGAAGGUGAUCCUGGGUGAGGAUCGGGAAGCCACAGGUGUCCUGCUGAGCAUUGAUGGCGAGGAUGGCAUAGUCCGCAUGGACCUUGAUGAACAGCUCAAGAUCCUCAACCUCCGCUUCCUGGGGAAGCUCCUGGAGGCCUGAGGCAGGCAGGGUGGACUUUGGCAGAUGAAUCUGGUAGAUGGAGAGUGUCCCUCCUUCCUUUCCUGGCCCUUGGCUCUGACACAGGAUCUGGGCCCUGGAGCAGGGCUAGCCGGGUUGAUCAGGAUUUCUUUUAUUUUCCUUUCUGGGUUCCUGUCUCCCUCCCUGAUAUUCAUGGGAAUCAGAGUAGAGUCGACAGGGACAGUCCCCACCUUCCCCAGCUUUCUUUUGUGUUACGGUCUUUCAAUAAAAAGCUGUUUGGUCAAAAGUCGUGUGUGUGUGUGUGUGUGU